GCACGCGAUUCGUCGCCACAGCGGUAGCGUGCGUGCCGUGCGUUUCCCGCCUUGUCGGAGCGCCGUUAAAACUCGUAAAGUCCUCGUCAUAGUUCUCACAGAAUUUUAUCACAAUCAUUAUUAUUAUUAACCCCUUACGUUCGUUCGUUCCUUCCUUUUGAAGGGGAAUUGAGCGGAACGAGUAAUGUACUCGCCCCGGUCGUCGGCCGCCCGUCGGCCCCCGAGCUCCCCGUACGUGACGGCCUUGACUAGAAGCGCUGCCCGGAGGAGUGCGGGGACCGCGGCGGGGCGAGACGCUUCACUCCUCUCGCAGAGCCAGGCCCAGAGUCCGGCUCGCGGUAUCUCGCCACUGACCGUCAGCCCUCGCCGUUCGCUCAUGAGAAGAAGUUGCGGGGUGCUUUUCCAGCCCAGCCCCAUGCUCCUGGAGGGCAGUGCCAGCUACGCUCUGCAGCGGUUCGGCUCCUCGCUAUCUGUGGCCGUCAUGGAGGCACUUGCCAUGGCUUCAGCCAAUGAGGAGCUGAGCGUUGGGUUGGAUACCCUCGGCUGGGCCUGGCUCGUUUACGGUGAUCGCCUGUUUAUUUGGAAGGUUGGACACUCCUUCCUCUCAAAGCCAUCAGUCUUCAAGGAGCUUAAGCUGCCACCCACUGAAUUUGCACACUCGGCUGACCUUGUGGCAAUUCACUGCCGUGAAUCCGCUGGGAGCAAGGACGACACUUCGGCGCAAGCGGUGUCUGUGCUGGCGGCGUCUCCCGAGGGCGUGCUGCGCUACUGGCCCGUGCUGACGCACGACACGACUUUCAGUGACUCCGCUCUGGGCUGCGGUCCCGAGCUGUGCCACUCGUUGAUGCGCGCACCGGGCAACGCCUUCAUGCUGGCGACCGUGCACGGGCAGCUGUGGUUGCUCACGCCGGUCGGUGAGCCCGGUGGCAGUGGAGGCACGGGGUCAACACCAGGAGCGGGCGGAGGCGGCAGUGGCGGAGUUGGCACGGUGGCGGCGAGGCUCCUGGGACAGCACCAGGGCGUUCUGUCUGGCCUCGGACGCCGCGUGUCGUCCAUGUUUAACAUGCUUUCGCCAGUUGCGGUCGACGCUACGAUGGUGCGCGCCCAGGUGUGGGCCGAUGACCAGGUGCUCUACAGCCUCACGAGUGAGAGCCUCAGCAAGUGGGCGCUGGCCAGCGGCACCGAGAGGCUGGUCCUGACCUACGACCUCCACAAGUCCCUCGACAGCAUGAUCACUGAUGCCAUCUGGGGCUCGGAUGAAAACUAUGAGGAAAUAAAGCAACGCAUUGAGAUCAAACACUUGGACCUGCAGGUUACAGACUGCGGCGUAGUGGUGCUGGCGGCUGCGUGGCACCGUGGUGACAGCCAGUGCCUCGGAUACCAUGUCCUCCUGAGCCUCGUCGACGAGGGCCAGCAGCUAAGCGAGGAUGUCUCCGUGGAGGUGCUGUCCUACCAGCGGCCCCUGCAGGCAGGUGAAGAGCCCGCGUGCCGCCUGUUGGUGCCGGACCCCGAGGGCUCGCUGGCGUGCCUGUACGACGGCGGCAUGGUGUUCAUGUGCUCCAUCGUAGGCGGCAGUGGCAGUGGGUGGCUGCAGCAGGAAAAAAUUCCUUUCUGCACACCAGGCGACAGUGUGCUGGGCGGUGGCAGCGUGGGCACUGUCCCUGUGUUCUUCUCGCGCCACAUGGGGUUGCUGUCGCUGAGCGCACGCCACGCGACCACCUCCCUUCUGCCGGCACUCGAGGCCUCGCUCUUCUCCAACGUCACCUCGACAAUCGUCUCGCCUAUGGCCUCACCGGGGCCCGGCACAGCCGAGACGUCGGUGCUGGAGAGCUCGGUGUUGCGCUCUGAUGCCGGGCGGCAGGACGAGGGAGUGGCGGCGCUGAAGGCUGCCCUACUGCUCUUGUGCCGGCAGGACUACGUAGGUGCUCAGGCCAUCGUGGAUGAGAAAUUCCCGACGGACACGGAUGGACGCACGGACUCGCCGCUGGACGUCGCCGUGGCGCGGCUGAGCUCCGCCAUGACCGAUGACUUCCCUGCAUCAGACCCGCGGUGGGCGCAGUCCGUGCCCGAAGAUGUCGUAGGCCUGGGCCAGUCCUCGCUGUUGCUGAUUCCCCAGCUGGAGGAUAAGUUGCUCGUGCACAAGGACUACAUGAACUUCCUCCGCCAGUGCCACAUCCUGCCGCGGCUGGCCUCAGUGACAGCGCGCAGCCUGUCGUGGCCGUCGCAGGGCGCCCCCCCGACCGGCCGCCGGUGGGCAGCGAGCGCGCCGACGCGCGCGGUGCUGCGAGAGCACGCCGAGAAGCUGUGUGCCGCGCUGGUGCUCAAGGAGCACCACUCGCGCCACCCGACGCUGCUCAACGGCGCCGUGUGCCGAGCGCUGGCGGCGCGGGGAGACGAGGCGGAGGGCGGUUCGAGGAGGAGGCACAGCGAGGCACUCACGCCUGCCGACCUGUUUUUUCGAGAGGUGACACGGAUCGAGGAGGCCCUCCCGGCGCUGCAGGGGGAGUUGGAGGACAUCCUGUCGGACGAUCACCUCCUGAUCCCCGAUCUGAUGCGCUCUGUCAUCACCGUCAACACCGUCCUCCGGGACGUGCUGCAGAGAUCCUGGCAGUACCGACAGCAGGAGGGCUCGCUGUACCAGAGCGAGGACGCAGAGGGAUUCUCGGACGAGGGCCACGUGCCUUGGACAGCGAGCAGCUCCGUGCGAGAGUUGCUGCUGCGUCAGCACGCGCUGGUGCUGCAGCAUGCCCUGCCUGAAGCCGACUCCGCGGAACGGCGCACGCUGCUCGACCAGCUUGUGGCGAUCGCCGACUCCUGCCUCGGCGCGUUCGAGAGUCGCCUGCGCGCGCUGCAGUACCGACACGGGCUGCAGCAAGAGCGGCAGCAGGAAGAGCAGGAGUUGAACUACGCGGCUGCGGACGCAGAGUUUGCGCGGGCACGAUCGGAGCUGCUAGGGGCCUACUUGAACUUGCGGCAGUACGAGAGGGCAGCCGCUCUUGCUGAGAAGUACUCAGACUUUGACGUGCUGGUGCGGCUGUGUGAGGAGACCAACAACCAGGCUCGCCUGCAGCGCUACAUGACACAGUUUGCUGACAAGAAUUUUUCCGAGUUUGUCUUCCGCUGGUACAUGGAGAAAGGCAAGCGAAGCAAGCUGCUCACGCAACCGGCCGCCCAGAACUCCCAGCUCAACACCUUCCUCAUCGGGCACCAGCACCUGAGCUGGCUGCACCAUGUACACAUGGCCAGCUUCACACAGGCAUCACAGACCCUGCGCUCGCUGGCGGAGCAGGAGGCGUGCUACUUCAUGCGCAAGAAGACGCUGCUGAGCCUCAGCAAGCUGUCCGCCCUUGCCUCCGACAUGAGCCCCCAGGACACACACUCCUUAAUCAACAACAUCGACGCGGAGCAGGACUUCAUGAUGUACCAGGACUCGCUGCCCCUCAAGCUGCUGGAGGCCAAGGAGAUGGACGUGGACUCGAUGCGAGUGCUGUCGGCCAACGAGCUCAUCAUGAUGUACAUUAGCGAUGACAACCGAGAGGCAAACGAAUUUGACUUCAAGAAAGCCCUCGACCUGCUGCAGUACAUUGAGGAGGACUGUGUGGACGUGGACGUUGAGGAACUGAAAGUGAAGAUUUUUUGCCAGACGCUACUUCGGAACGACUGGGCUGCCAUGUUGCGGACUGACGACCCCGUGCGUGCGGCAAAUGACAGCGUGUUCGCCAGACUCAUGGAGCUCCUCCUGCAAGAUGGGCUGGACCUGCGGCUGGUGAUGCCGGCGCCGGAGGCGCUGCUGGGCUCCAGCUCGCUAGGCAUGCUGCGUUCGGAUCCCGCCUUCGAGUUCCUGCUGCGCGCAAACUACGAGCACUUCCAAUCACUCUCUAACCUCGCAACAUCUUAGCCGACCAACGCGAGUAUCCUCGCUCAGUCGGCUCGUAGCGGUUAUCGUUCACCCCCUCUUUCCUUCCUCGGGCAAUUCAGUGCAUCGUCACCAUCUGGGGGUGUGGAGGGGGGUGGGUGUGGGGUCACGAUCGAUUAAUCGUUUUUGGUUUGCGAUUGUAUCUUACCAUCUUUGCUGUCUUGUGUCAUAUGUUUUGUUCUUUCGUUUGGUCUCAUUAAUGCGCUUAGCUUAAGGCAGAAGCAGACCACACCUGACACAUGCUGUAAGUUUGCGAGACGCCGCCGUGCGUAACGACGUCAUUGCAAGGCACAUGACGUCGCUUUGACAAUGACGUCAUCACCCCUUUUUCUCAUGAGCGCCUCGGUCUGCGCCCAGCAGUGCGACCGGUCAGUCCCAUCCCUGGCCUGAAGCCUGAAGUUUGCAAUUAAUGUGCAUACAUUUUGAAAAAUCUGUUAUACGUACGAUGUAAUGGCAUUUUUGUUGUGAGUGUAAGAAUUUGCUUUAAUCAAUGAAUGCCUACUGCCAAACCCCCAUACCAUCACAUUGCCUCCACCCUGCUGCUGUUUUCCCUGAUCCCAUUUCCAUGACGUGUCUGCAGCUGCGUUUAUAUCAGGACAUUAGUUCUGACUGCACCAGUCUGGCCUAGCCUGUUCGGAGUGAACUUUAUCUUUUUCGCAUUGAUAAGUCGGCGAGUUUCAAUACCCAAAUGAGCACUGGGCCGUGCUAAUCUCUUGUUACUGAUUCACAGCCAGUGCUGGAAAUUCGACAUUGCAAUAUUCAAGUCUAGUAUUAUUUCUACCCUGAGUACGCCGACUGUUAGCAUUGCCUGAUGGAAAGGUUGGCUUGAUUCUUGUAUAAGUGACACCCAACGUUUGCUACUCAAAUAAAGGUCUGUCCAUAUCGGAGGUCCUGACCACAAGUAAUAUUGGAAUCUGCUUUGGGUUCCUAUCAGUGUUUGUUGGGACCAAUUUAAUCUGCAUUUAAGUUCUCUCCACUCUGCUGGCCUUCUCAUAAAGUGGCCGUUCGGAACAAGAUCCCCGGUGUAAACGUUGCUCGCACUGACCCAGCCACCCCUUUUCCGGUCACAACUUGGAGCCGACUUGAGCUUGCAGUUCCCGCCUCUGACUGAAUAUACCUUGUGCAUGCAGUCUAUGCAUCCGCUCCUUUCAAACACAGGCAGUACUAUGAUCGUUGGUCGCUGGUAGACUGGAGAGGCACAUGACUAGUUGUCACAGCGGGGGGGGGAGGGGGUCCAUUUGAUGUGGUGUGAUGGGUGCAGAAAUAUCUUCGAGGUCUGCAAGCCGAACAGACCCGGCUGAACUUCAGCCCUGGGUUUUUGUGUCUUUGUUAUGUGCAUAUAUAUAUACCAAUGUCUCAUUUUGACAGGUAUAUUAUGGCAUGGAUUUUGCAUGACAAGGAGGUGUGUUUUGGAGAGCUCACAUAUCGCCCGAGUUCUGUUGAACGCGGAUGUUCGCGAGGCUGCUGAUGGGGUCACGUAUUUUCCCGGAGGAACUAAAUUACGGUGUUGGUUAUGCGCAUUUCCAUUUACCGAUCCCAAAGUCAGAUGUUACCUGAUGGGAGAUCGAAAAUAAUCUGACCUGAACUAUUGUUAUUUUCUUGCCUGUGCAAAGUUCUUUUUUUUUAAAUAAAGUCUAAUUUUACAUUUAUUUACAUUAAAA